UAAAUCAGACGUUGGAUCCAUUCAGAGAUCGCUGUUGCGUUUGUUGAGUUUACUAAAGCGUAGGCUGGUUGGCUUGACACCGUUCAAGAUGGUAGAUGUAGCAGAGAUUCAUAUAACACCCGAAACUCCGGGAAGACCAGCUAUCUCGAACCCGUUUGAGAGCCCAAACGACUACCAUAGCCUGCAUGAAUCUCUGGUGCCAAGCCCAUCUGUGUUCAAGAGCUCCAUGAGCUCUUCAGCAACACCAGCAAAGUUCAAAUGGUCCAUUGAUGAAAUGGCAAAUUUACUUCCUGUGGAAAUAGGCCCAGAGGAUAUUCACCGUCAGGCUGUAUUUCUGAGCCAAGCCAGGGCUGAUGCUGAGAUCGAGGAAAAACGACAGCAUGCUAUUGAACAGUUUUUCACUAAAGGUGCCAUUGUUCCCUCUCCAUGGGGACCCCCAACUGCUAAACAAUCAGUAAAGCUGCCGUAUCAGAAAAGUUCUUUGUCCCCACUGGUUACAGAGGAGCUUCAAUCAACAAAGAAAAUCAAUGCCAUUUGUCAGACAGUCCUGUCUCUACCUGUGGACUUCAAUCUUGAAAAUGUUCUGGUUGAUUACUAUAGGACAGAGGAGUUAACUGAGCAGGUACAGGAGAGCCUUAGCUCCUCUUCUUUGCGGCGAAAGCUGUUUCUUGAUGGCCAUGACAGCGGCUCUGAGUCCUCAAGCCCUCCUAGCCCGGACAGAGAUUCUCAUAAUAUUCCUCCCGGCAGUCAAGAGAUAUUGUCAUCAGUUAUAGUCUCUCCUCUUCAGUGUGGCAUUCCAACGGGGACACCAUUGUCUGGCCAGUUUUCAUCAAGUCCUAUCCAAGGUCAGCGGCGAGCACAUAGUCUGGGCAGUGUUGGCAGUCCCAUGUUUUCAGAGAGAUCAUCACCUGCUUUUAAAUCUCCUACUCUGUCUCCCAUUAGACUUCAGCAUUCUGUGACACCUGUAUCAGGCGAGCGAAAAAGACUGACGUUUCUGUCUCCCGAUGGUGUUCCUUUGGGCAGCUCGAACAUGGAUGUGAAUCGAUGUGGAGAAAGCCCAUUUGUGGAGGGCUGUUCCCCUAUUCGCAGCUGCUCCCCCCUUCAAUCUCGAACCAGAAACAAAGCCUGCAUCUGGGCCUCGCCUACUCACAUUUCCCCUAUCCUCCACCCCACCUUCCAGGACAAGGAAAACAUCCAUCACAAUGAACCUUUACCCACCAUGGACCUAGACACUAAUUCAACAGGACCGCAUGGCCAGCAAGAUGGACUUCAAUAUGGGGGGAGUGAGUGUGAGGCCUCCCUGGAUGUUUCGGAGCAAAUGGAUGAAGAUGAACUGGUGUUGAAGGACAUGGGAGGAAAUAUUGAGACUGACAGGAGGGAAAGUGAAGAGGAGGAGGUGGUCACUAGCAGGAGCAGAGAGGAGGCCUGUGGUUGGGUUCCUGUAGAGGACACAGUGUCACCAGUUAGACUGAGCACCUCUCGGACUGGCAGCGUGCCUAAUGCUGAGAGUACGCACAUGUUUGUAUCCCUGCUGGCAGAAGGGAGCAUCACACCAUAUGAUGUUAGCAUGCAGGUGGAUAGCGGUUAUAACACUUACUCAGUAUGCACCACCAGCUUAAUGGACACCCUCAGUUCAGACAGCCAGACUAAAGAAAUGCUGGACACACAUGCUGUUGAAGAGGGCAUUCUUUACACUAGACACACUAAACCAAAGUUGUUCAUCCCACCACACUGAGCAUGAGGGACAAAUCAAGCACUUUACACUCUUUAUCCCAAAGCUGUGGAGAAGACACAAGACAUUUACUGUUUAAUACUCAUGUCAUCUCAGAGAGAAUGCUUGAUACUGUGGAACUGUUUAAGCCUUGUUUUAGUUAUAUAUAUAACUUGACUAAUGUACAGUAUUAAGCAUUCUUGCUCCAGAAAGGACAUGAAUUUGAAAUAAAUUGAAAUAGAAAUUUUCACAAAAAAAAAAAAUUGUAUGGUUUUAUUGAUUGUGAAAGUUAAAUGUGACUGUUGGCAUUAUUUGUAAUUUGUUAAGAGUGACAAUUUCCUCUUGCUAAUGUUUUACAGGGUCUUUUUUAGAAUCUUAUAAUUAUUUAUGAAUUAAUCAGAACCACUAACAAACUCAUGGAGAUACCACAAUCUGUGCAGUUAUGCAUGCAUAUGGCGGCAUGUAUACAAGA